AUGACUAGCCGUCAAAAUGAAUACUUUAUUCCCGGAGAUGGUAUUAGCCGCGAAGUAAUUCAGGCCGAUAUCUGCCGCUACCUUGGAAAUGAUGCUCUAGUAAGACCUGGAAACCACAAUGUCCGUCUCCCUGAUCCUUUGAAUCGACCGCGUACAAGUGCCAAAGCAGCUGGUCUCGAUGAGUCGAACACCCGGGGUCGCGGUGGCUUCUUCAUCCGCGCAUAUCGAAACCUCACAUCAGAAAUGAUUGCUGAUCUCAAAGCCGACUCCGCUCGAUGGGAAGCGGACGUGAGAAGUCGCGCUGACCAAGGCUACCCCCGGGGUAGUUACAUCCAGGACUACAGCUACUCCCAGCCCAGCCGGGCCACACCCACAUACUCGACCUCCAUGUCAAGUUCUAUGCACCCUGAAAUGUCCCAUGGUCAAGGCCCUUCUCCUCCCACAACCUACGCUGCACCACCGCAGCAGUAUUCGGAGCAAUAUCACCAGACUGGCUACCCGGCAACCUCAAGUCCGUCAUACUCAAAUGCUCCUUCCUAUCCUGCAAACCACUCGGGCUUCGCAGCUGGUCAGACCCCGUACCCUCCUCAACACAUUCCCUACAGUGCUCCAAACCAACCUCCGGUAACUUCUGAGGUCCACCCUUCAUAUACUUACGCCAGCUCUGGCUAUGGUUUCGAGAACGGGCGAAACAAUGCCCCUCGGUACCCCGGUCCUGGAUAUGAUGCCGAUGCUGAUUAUUCUCCUGUUACCACUGGAAUGGCUUAUCCUGCUACCACUGCCCCCGACCCACGGAUAGGAAUGGAGCCCAGAUACACUCCGGAGUCUACGUAUGACCGCAGUAGGCCGCAGCCAGCGAGAGAAAGAGAGGCUCCCCGCCGAACGCGGUGA